AUGUUUGAUGGCAGACCCCACCUGGAGGCCUGGAGGGCAGUGAUCGACUGUGUCCAGGAGGCGCGGGCGGGGGCCAGGCUUAGGCAGCUGUCCUUCUCUGGGAUGACAGGUGCCCGUAUGCUGGGCCUGCUCCACGACACAGUGGUCUUCCUGGUGGAGCAGCUCCAGGGGGCCCGCCGCUGCCAUAGCCACGUCUUCCGCUUCUUUAAACAAUCAGCCAAGGAGGACCUGCCUGUCAACCCCUCUGGAUGUGCCCACUCUGAGGUCUACCUCAGGAAGACCACCUUCGACAUGUUCAACUUCCUGGCUUCCCAGCACCGCCAGCUGCCUGACAUCAACCCCUACGAUGAGGAAGAGGAUGAAGUCCCACUCAAAUCCACAAGACGUGCCACUAGCUUGGAGCUCCCCAUGGCCAUGCGCUUCAGACAUCUAGAGAGGACAUCUAAGGAGGCUGUAGGCGUGUACAGGUCUGCUAUCCACGGUCGAGGUCUGUUCUGCAAGAGGAACAUCGAUGCUCAGGAGAUGGUCAUUGAGUAUGCCGGCAUCGUCAUUCGCUCAGUGCUCACAGACAAGCGGGAGAAGUACUACGAUGGCAAGGGUAUCGGCUGCUACAUGUUCCGUAUCGAUGACUUUGACGUGGUGGACGCCACCAUGCACGGCAAUGCGGCACGCUUCAUCAACCACUCGUGCGAGCCCAACUGCUACUCGCGCGUCAUCAACGUGGAGGGCCAGAAGCACAUCGUCAUCUUCGCCCUGCGCAAGAUCUACCGGGGUGAGGAGCUCACCUACGACUACAAGUUCCCCAUCGAAGACCCAGCAAGCAAGCUCAACUGCAACUGCGGGGCCCGGAAAUGCAGACGCUUCCUCAACUAGGGGCAGGAGGAGGACGUGGUACUGCCACAGUCUCUGCAGGGGGAACAAGGCACUACGGGAGGGGCUGAGAGCAGAGGCAACAGGGGAAGACAGAGGUUAAAAGCCUUAAAUUAAGGUUUUACUGGGUUGGGAGGUGGGGGAGGAGAAAAUACAGGAAAGGAUGAGGCACUACGAAGAGACUGGAAGAGGAACCAAGGCCAGGAGAUGGGGAGCAAGAGGGAAGAGGAGCGCCACACAGGGACAUGCAUCCAUAAGCUCACAUUGACUUCUAACCAAUAUGCACUUGCCAGAGGUUGGACAAGUUCACCACAGGAGAGGGUGGAAGUAGCUACCGUUAUAGUGUGGGUUUUUUCCCUUGAGAACAGGAUACUGAACCCUGCAGACAUCUGUUGUGGUUAUGCUGGUUCUAUGUUGCAUGGAGGUAUUUUCCUUGACGCCCUAAUGUCAAGCCCUUUCUGUUGAAAUAAGGGUGGAGCAGAAAAGCUAGACUUGGACAUAUUCUUUAUCUUUUUUUGUCAGGGGGCGGGGGUAGAUUUUUAAUUGACACCUAUAAUCAUGUUGGCUCCAUCCUAUCUAGGUGAUCCCUUGGCCAUAUCUUUACUUGAUCCUGUAAUCAUAGUUUUAUUUAUUUGAAAUUAUAUUUCACAGUGCUCAUCAUGCGUCAGGUUGUACAUAUUUGCUUUCCGUUGACUGUUCAGAGAACCAUGGUGCUAGAUAUGAUGGGCAAUAGGCUUGGAGGCUCCUGGGUCAGAGACCCUGCAAAUAAUAACUAUUUUUCUAUCCAUUCUCCACUCCCCUCUCACACAGACCGGGGAAGGGACCUCCAUUAUGUUCAGUUAAACGGUUAGAUAACGGUUAGUGUCACCCUUAUAGAGUUUGCUGCAGCUAAAUCAUAUCUUUAAGAACUUUCCCUUCACCAUUUUUGUAUGUAGCAAACACUACCCAAUCCAAGAGUGACGAGUUUAGCUGGAAACUUCAGUGCAUCUUUUUUUAUUUUAAAUAUAUUUUAUUACUAUCAUGGCAAAUUCUGAUUACCUUUGCAAUAAUAUUAGGCCUACGACUUUGCUGCAUUACAGUUGCGCGUCUUUAGUGAACUAACAAAAUCCAGACUCCAUAUUUCUUCGACAUUCAGUGGAGUUAACAAAGAACUGACUUCUCUCUCUGACAUUCUCCGCAAUCCAAGGGUGGAAGGGUGGAACACUGUCCAAGUUACACCACUAAGAGAUGCGUUAUAAACUCUAUAUAUUCCCGACUGUGUGGACUGACAGCACCCCUGAGAUCUCAAGCAUAGCAUUAGGCCAGUACUGUACUGUGUUGCUCCGUAGGAUGGCUUUAAGAGAGAAUCAUGUCUUGGUGUAAAACCUAGAUAGGGAGAGAAUGCACUCAGCACCUUAACGUUUGCUGUCGUACAACUUUAGACAACGCUGUCAGUUCAGUCAGACAUAUUAGGAAAUCAAAUGUACACACUGUGGUUCACAUCUUUACAGUGAGAGAUUGCUUGAGCUCUAAAAUAGCUGUAUUUAUUCAUGUUUCUGUUCAGAUUUUGGACUGGUGAAACUAGCUUUGCUUAGUGUAAAUGGUGGUGGUCUUGUGGGAAAUCUUCCUCCCCUCAUUUCCUCUUUUUGUUUACUUUGUUUCCUCUUUUAUUUGAACCUUGAUGUUUGAGGAAAGUUGCGUAUUACAUUUCAGUCUUUACACAAGACAUUGUUCUAAAGCAGGUCUUUUUUAAUUGUUUUUGAUUUUAUUUCUUUGUUCUGGUAUAAUUUUCAUGGAGAAAGUACAGCAGGCCUUAGUAUCGGCAGGCCUUAUAACAGGAGAAUAGCAAGCAUUCGAGUCCAUGCUAUUCUUCCCAUCUGCGUACUACAGAGAACCCUUCAAGCUAGAGAUAAUAAUCUAAAGGAAAUGAGUUCUGUCCUUUUUGGAAUUUAAUACACAGUAAGGAAGAGCUUAAGCCCGCCUGCCUGCGCGACCAAUCAGUGAGAUGGAGCCUAUAUUCCCAUGUGUCAAUCAUCUAACACCCUUAGCAGAGUUUGCCAUUAACAGGAUGCAUCUGGAUUUCAGGGAUACGGCUAUCCUUAACCUAGCUUCCCUUUCUGCUUAAAACCGGAAAUGGGAACACCUCUCAGAGCAGAAAGUUUCUCUAUACCCACUCCACUCCCCAACCUCUUGCCAGGAUUCUACCUCAGUUGUUCUGACAGAUGUUAAAGAAUACUAAUGCAAAAAAAGGAUGAUGAUGAUAAUAUAAUAAGAGUAACUUGGUUUUAAUGUCCUGCAGAGCUGGCCUGUGUGUUCAAUGAAGCAUGCAAAGCACUAGUUGGAAACCUGAAGUUACCAUGACGAUCUCUCCCAGAACUGGUUCAGAAAGCUGUAUGUUCUAUAUGGUAGGGUUAUUUUAAAGUAUAACAAAGUGUAAAAGACAUAAGAAAAUGUGUGAACUUGUCUUUGUUACCUUGUACAAAUAAACCCUGAGUUUGUAAAUAAUUGAAUACAUAUUUCUAAACCCGUUUAAUUUUUCUAUGCACUUUUUUUAUUUAUAAUGUUAUUUGCUUAAUAAAGAUGUUAAGAUGUUUGAACAAA